UUGGCAUCAGUACACGCGAGUAUGGAUGGUUGGGUUCAGUCAUUGGAGUCCACAUCAGUGACGACGACGACGACGACGACCUCGACAACGGCGACCAAGUCAAAGAUAAAGACAACAGAGUUGUUGGCAGUGGAUUGUGAGAUGUGUCGAACUGUUAAUGGACUGGAACUGACGAGAAUCAGCAUUGUAAAUGAACAUAGGAAGGUGGUUCUGGACCAGUAUGUCAAGCCAAAGAACGAGAUCUUGGACUUCCUCACACAGUACAGUGGCAUCACAGAGGCCACAUUGAAGAAGGUGACGACCACCCUGCAGGACGUGCAGGCCCAGCUGGUCGGCAUCAUUAGCAAGUCCACCGUGCUGGUUGGACACUCCUUGGAGAACGACCUCAAGGCGAUGCGCUUCGUCCACGAGCGCGUCAUCGACACGUCGGUCAUCUUCCCGACGGGCUCGUCGGCCAAGUACCCCCUGCGCUAUCUGGCACAGAAGUACCUGCGUCGCACCAUCCAGAGCGGCAAGGGCGGACACAGCUCGAUCGAGGACGCGGUCGCCGUGCUCGACUUGGUCAAGUUGAAGAUCACCAAGGGCAAGAACUUUGGCACCAAGUUGGAGAACUACAAGAAUCUGUUCAAUCAUCUGCAAGUGCAUCUGGGCAAGCGAUCGACAUUCAUCGACACGACCGAUCAGAUCAAUCAGUACUCGACGACAGAGGUCACCAGUGUACAAUGUGCCAGCGAUGAUGAUGUGGCCAAGAAUGCGGCCGAACAAGUUGGAUCAGAAUCCAAUAACAAGACCAACUUUGUUUGUUUGCGACUAAGUCAACUGGAUCAACACUUCAAGUCACUGGAUACAACGAUACCCAAGCCACUAAGUAGUUAUACACCAACUAUAGAAUAUGAGGAUGGUGAUUGUGAUGUUGCUGAUGGUGUGGCGACACCAACGACAACAACAACAACAACGAUAUCCACAUCAACAUCGACUACAUCGACAUCAUCGACAACGACAACAGCAAAAGGAAUAGUACUGGAUCAAAAGGUAUUGGACAUAUUCAAGAAUAUUGAUGAUCAGUUGAAUAGGAUAUAUGAUAGGAUGACAAAGAAUUCAAUGAUGAUGGUAGUGUUUGGACCUGGUCCAUUCAACGACAUUAAUCUCUAUCAUCACGAUGGCAAUCGACAACGUGAAUACCUGCUCGCAUUGGAGAUGUCCAAAGAAGGUCUGGUCAAGUUUGGCAUCAAGUAA